AUGGCGCGGAACCGGGCGGCUUACGAAUACACGGAAGCGGAGGACAAAAGCAUGCGGUUGGGUUUCCUCCUUAUCGCAGCCGGUUUGCUUUCCUUACUGGGUUUGGGUUGUUGCUGGUUGCGUCCGGCUUUGCAGGAACGGGGCGGCGGUGGCUCCGCUAACUGCACGGUGCUGGCGGUGCGGCAGCUGGGGGAGCGCUUCACCUGCACCUUCUCCUGCGGGGCUGCCUGCCGCGGCACCGCCCGCUACCCCUGUCUCCAGGUCCUGGUCCGCACCUCCCGCUCCUCCGCCCCUGCCCUGCUCCAUGAGGACGAGCGGCAGCUCCGCACCAACCCUAAGUGUUCGUACAUCCCUCCCUGCGCAAGAGACGAUCAGGAGAACUCUGAGAACGUCACGUACAAGCAGAAAUACUGGAAAGAGAAAGUGGGUUCCCAACCGUUUACAUGCUAUUUUAACCAGCACUUGAGGCCAGAUGAUGUGAUGCUGAAGCGCACCCAUGAUGAGACUGUCCUCUUGCACUGCUUCCUCUGGCCUCUGGUUACGUUCCUGGUCGGAGUCCUCAUCGUGGUCCUGACCAUCUGUGCCAAGAGCUUGGCUGUCAGGGCAGAGGCAAUAAAAAAGAAGAAGCAUUUGUAAAUGGCAAGGCUCCUGACGGAAAAGAAAAACCUGCAAGAAGGUCUCCAAUGGGGCAACUCGAUACACCUGCAGGUCUGUGGGAUGCCCAGCUGUGCUCCUUCCAGUGUCUCAUCUGAUGGUGGAGUUGCUCUUGCCUCAGGAUUAUUCUUGGGAGACUUCCCCAUGAAAUGUCAGCUAACUGCUUCUUUUGCUAUGACAGUAAAUAAGUAUAUUCUACCAAAAAAAAAAAAUCUACACUGUACCAAAUAUGCUGUGUGCUGUUAGUCCCGAACAACAGCUACCCAGGUCCUAGCGGUAUUGAGAUACAGUUUAUAAAACCCCCUGAUGCUGCUCAUUUCAUCUCCACAAAGUGAUCUUUACUAUUGUUUAAUAGUAAAUAUUUAAAAUAUUUACUUUACGAUAGACUGUAUUUCCAAAAUAAUAAAAUUUGGUU